UAAAGAAAGGACGACGAAACAGAAUUUUCCGGCCACUCCAAAAGUAGCUUCCGCCACACUCUUCCGUGCUCGCAACUCACUCACUGAGUCAUUCAUAUAUAAAGAAGAAGAAAGAAGAAGCAAAUUAUGAAGUAGCAGAAAAAAGAAAUGGAAGCUGAGCCAUCCAGAAGAAGACUGAGAGCCCCAAACCCUCUCUCCGAUUGCACCAACACCAUUUCCUCCACCACCCUAGCCACUGCCACCUCUUCGCAGUCCUCGUCCGCCUCCACCGUCAAGCUCAAACGCCAGAAUCCCAAGCUCGCCUCCGUCACCGGGAACCUCCUCUCCGCUUUAGACCCUAAGCCCUCCGUAGUUCCGCCUCCGAUUCCCUCCACUCCUCCUCGCCCUCAUCCCGUCUCGUCCUCCGCUUCUGGUACCAGCGAUCGUGAGGCUCUUGAGCCUUGUUCAGUGUAUACUCGAAGACAUACUGCAGUAAAAGGGGAGGGUAAAGGGAAGGAAAACAACGGAUCUUGGAGUUGUCCUACUGCACCAAAGACCCGGAAUGCUGGGAAAAAAACAAAGGCAAGCGGAUGCAACAGUGUGUCCAAGGAAUCCAUGGCUCCUCACCAAAAGAAGCAGCGUGCAGUACCAGCUGGGAAAGAGGAUUGCGAGAAGCAGAGAGCUUUUUUUGAUGAGAUUGAACAAAAGAGAAAAUAUUUCGCAGAGAUUGAUGCAUUUGAACUGUCAGAAGAGGAAGUCGAUUCAGUUGAUUAGAGUAAAUGGAAGAGCUAUAUAGUGCAUCGUAUAGAAAGCAAGGGAGCCAAAACCCAUGGUGUUCUCUAUAUAGUCACAAGAGUGUGCAACCGACUAAUUCUGAUGUAACUACCACCGCUCGCCAAUUUACAUCGCUGUAAGUUCUUGAUAGUUAGAAUUCUUUUAUCUCUGUGUACAGUCAACUCGAGAUGAAGAAGAGAGGAAGGUUAAGCAAGUAAAUGAAAGAAAGUAUGAGAAAGUGUAAAGGUUCCACGAAAGUGACAAUUGGAACCAUCACUCGAGGUCCCUGUCGACCCUUUUUUGUAGCGUCUCUUUAACCUACUAAGUUUUGCAUCCGAUUUGAUUUGAUUUGAUUAUGCAAGUGGAAGCAUAACUGUUAAAUGUGUAGUUUUACAUGCAUGGCUUUGCAUCUUUGCUGUAACAGAUGUAUGGUGGAGAUUGGUUUAUGAUUGAAUGGUUGUAGUUGGAUUAGGAAGAGUUUGUUAGAAGGUUAGAGUUAGUUACUUUGUAGGCUAGUGUAAAUUGUGAAUUUCUCUCAAUUUCUGUAAUCUGUUCAACUAUUAAUACAAGAUUUGAUUUCCUUCUAAACCUU